ACAACCGCAGUUCUCCGUGUUUACGAAUACGAAUAAAUAUCUUUCCCAAAGUCCCCCCCUCCCGAUACGCGUCAUUCCCUCUCUCUCCAAUCGCAGGAACUCCGGACGCAGAGAGAUUCACAGACUCACAUCACCGCCGAUCACACCUCGUCUUGGUUUAUGAGCUCGAAGGAGAAGCCCACUCUUGGUGGUACGCGGAUUAAGACCCGCAAACGGAACAUCGCAGCGCCGCUGGACCCUGCAGCUUUUUCGGAUGCAGUGGUCCAGAUUUAUUUGGAUAAUGCUGGUGAUUUGGAACUUGUCGCUAAGAGUAUUGAAUCUUCAGAGCUUAACUUCUCAAGAUACGGUGACACCUUUUUUGAGGUUGUUUUCAUAGGGGGGCGCACACAGCCUGGAACUACCAAACCUGAUGAGGGGGAGCGUCAUCCUUACUCUAUAAUAGAUUCUGAGCCUAUACGUGAAGCCAUCUUACCUUCUGUUAUCUACAUACAGAAAAUUUUAAGGCGGAAGCCAUUUCUCAUAAAAAAUCUUGAAAAUGUCAUGCGAAGAUUUCUGCAGUCCUUGGAGCUUUUCGAGGAAAAUGAGAGGAAGAAGCUGGCAAUUUUCACGGCACUUGCUUUCUCUCAGAAGCUAUCAGGUCUUCCUCCGGAGACUGUGUUCCAGCCACUGCUCAAGGAUAACCUUGUGGCAAAAGGGCUAGUUCUUUCUUUUAUAACUGACUUCUUUAAGGAAUACCUGAUUGAUAACAAUCUCGAUGAUUUGAUAUCCAUACUGAAGAGGGGUAAAGUGGAAGACAAUCUUCUGGACUUUUUGCCAUCUGCAAAACGAUCUCCCGAGGGUUUCUCGGAGCAUUUCACCAAAGAAGGGCUGGUAGCCUUGGUCGAAUACAAUGAUAAGAAAAUAUUUGAAGUGAAGCUUAAGGAAAUGAAAUCUGCUUUAACAACCCAGUUAACGGAGGAGGCUGAUAUAUCUGAAGUCAUCGAAACAGCGAAGCAGCGUGUUAAAGAUGCUAAAUUGCCAGACACUGAUAUUGUGAGGAUUCUGUGGGAUGUCAUAAUGGAUGCCGUUCAGUGGUCUGGAAAGAACCAGCAACAAAAUGCUAAUUCAGCUCUACGCCAGGUGAAAACAUGGGCGAAACUGUUGAAUACUUUCUGCAUAAAUGGGAAACUUGAGCUGGAACUCCUUUACAAAGUUCAGAUGCAAUGCUAUGAGGAUACUAAGCUCAUGAAGCUGUUCCCUGAGAUUGUGAGGUCUCUCUAUGACCAGGAUGUGCUUGCAGAAGACACCAUUCUGCACUGGUUCCGUAAAGGAACAAACCCAAAGGGCAGACAAACAUUUGUGAAGGCCCUGGAACCCUUUGUGAAUUGGCUGGAGGAGGCCGAAGAAGAGGAAUAGGUGAAGCCACUGAUGCUGCAAAUGUGGGUGCUUUUAUCCUACCAUCUAAUUUCUGAGAUAUGAACUCAUAAAUUAUGUUUUUUUUCUAUGUCAUUGUACUUUGGUGUGCCGGUUGAAGAUAAUGGUUUACUACUCUUAAUAAACAAUUAAACUUGGUUCUAACU